UAUGGUUUCCUAGAAAAGCGGUGCCGCUAUAUUACGUCCGUAACAUUACGUUGGAUGACGUCGCAAAAACUGUUACAUUAUUUUCCCCGGCAUUGGUUUCCUAGAGAGCGGUGAACGUAAGAUAGCGGUGGCGCCAGUGUUGUGACGGCCGUCAUAGCGGUAGCAUACUCUCCGCCGACGGUUUAUUACGUUGACGGUGCGACAUUACGGUAUUGAAAUUGGAAUCUGUUUCAGACAUAACAAUGUGGAACGGCGAGGAAGAUGAAAUAUUAAUAGAUUUUGUGAGAAAUAAUGAAGCCCUGUACAAUGUUAAAAGUAAAGAGUACAGAAAAACUCAAAUGAAACAGAAUCUUUGGUCUGAUGUCGGGAAUAUUCUUCAAAAAUCAGGUAACGACUGCUCUAAACGAUGGAUCUACAUUAGAGACUACUAUAUUCGACGCAAAGGAAACCCUUGUACUGGCUCAGCUGGAGAAGCAAUAAAGAAGAGGUCUGAUCUUCUGUCAUUCUUGGACAGCAUACCUUCAGCAAAAAGGCACUCCACGACCAACGUUGUUGGAAGGGAACUGAACGAGUGUGAAACCCCAGAGGAUACACUGCCUCAUGUCGAACAAAACCUAAACAGCAUGACAGACAGCACCACAACAGACAGUGAAGUACAUGCCAGUCAAGUACAUGCCACUGAAGAACAUGCCACUCAAGCACAUGCCACUCAAGCACAUGCCACUCAAGCACAUGCCACUCAAGUACAUGCCACCCAAGAACAUGCCACUCAAGGAUAUGGUAGGAACAAACGUGACCUCAAUAGUACAUUCGAAUGUACUAAAGAAAAUGAGAAAAAGAAGAAAACAUCACGAGUUGAAGAACGAUUAAACCUGCUAAAAGAAAUAGCUAAACGUAACGACAAUCGCUCUGACAAAGAAUUAGAUGAAACAGACCUAUUCUUCAGCUCCAUGGCAAAAAUAGUAAAGAAGCUUCCUCUGCAUGAACAAAUUAAGUUGAGGAUGGAAAUAUCAUCUUUAGUUGGCAAUGCUGAAUUACGAAACAUUACAUAUUUGUCUUCUGGAAGCAGCGACUCUUCAAGACCAGGUUCAGCACAAUCUACAUUGUGAGCAUGUCUUCAAUACAUCUGAACAGACUGUUUCAAACGUGACAAAUUCAAAAGGAAACAUUCCACUGUUUAAUGUACCAACAGGUAUUGCUUCAGAAACAGUAAUUCCAUCUGCAUCAAGCGAACAUGGUACGGUGGUGGUCGCUGAUGUAGAGUGUGAUUAUUAUACCCAACUCUAGUAUAACUUUUAGCAAGACUCUAGUAUUACUUUCAGUAAUAAAACUUUAAGCCAAACACUAGUAUAACUUUCAGUAGUAUAACUUUCAGCUUAUAGUACCUAUACUUUAUACCAAAUUCUAGUUUAACUUUCAGCUUGAAAUAAAGUUUAG